GGCCGCAGGUAGCCGGGACGCGGGAGGCGGCGCGCGCGGGAACCAUCGCAGCGCCCGGGCCAGACGGAGCUCCGAGCCUCGCGGUCCCGGACGCCGGCGGAGAUCUGCGCCGGCCAUGUGGGGUCCAGGGGUCACCGCCGAGGGCCUGUCAGUGGCUCCAGCGCCACCGCCGCUGCUGCCGCUGCUAUUGCUGCUGGCGCUGGCGUUGGUGGCGCCCUCGCGGGGCGGCGGGGGCUGCGCGGAGCUGGCGUGCGGCGAGCGGGAGCGCUGCUGCGACUCGGCCAACGCCACGGCCGUGCGCUGCUGCAAGCUGCCACUCCACGCCUUCCUGGACAACGUGGGCUGGUUCGUCCGCAAGCUCUCUGGGCUGCUCAUCCUGCUGGUGCUCUUCGCCAUCGGCUACUUCCUGCAGCGCAUCAUCUGCCCCAGCCCACGCAGGUACCCGCGUGGCCAGGCGCGACCUGGCCAGGCACGACCAGGGCCUCCCGGGGGUGCUGGACCGCCGGGGACCGCAGGGCCACCCGACGAAGACGACGACUCGCCCGCUCUGCUGCAGGACGAGGUGGCCGCGGGCUCGCAGGACUCACUGCUGGACAGUGGCGGUGGUCGGGGCCGAGGAGGUGGCGGACGCCUGCCUCCCUCCUGCGUUUCGGAGCACGAACUGCGCGUGGUGUCUCCGGUCUUUCUCCAGCUGCCCAGCUACGAGGAGGUCAAGUACCUGCCCACCUAUGAGGAGUCCAUGCGGCUGCAGCAACUCAGCCCUGCGGAGGUCGUGUUGCCCGUGUCGGUGCUCGGUUGCCCGCGAGGCGGCAGUGCCGGGGACACCGACGGCGGCCAGGGCCGUUUCCCGCUCAUCUGAGCGCAGGGAGCCUCAUGGGGAUCGCCGGGACGGUACAAGGUUGGGGGCUGCGUAUGGCACGCAACAGCUGGUGUGUUGGAGGCCGCCACUGACUGCCUCUGACCACACCUAGCAUCCCCGCACAGCCAGUAGCCCCGCUCCUGGGUCGGGGUCAGUUCCCCUCCCUCUCGCUUCCCGGGGAAUCUGUGUUUCUUCUAUGCUUCUUUGGGCUCAAGGCUGGGCAGCUCGGCGGGGCAACGGCUUUGGACUAGCCCCCCAGCUCUUCUUGGACAGUCGUCCCCGCCCUCUGCCAUACCUCCCCUUGUGUUCACUGUAAGUGCCUGCUUCUCCAAUCCAAAAGAAUGCGUAAACCUUUUGGUGUGUCUAGAGACCAGUGGCUUGCUUUAAGGUUAAAAGCUUUCGAAAGAGUGCAGGUCCAUUCCUUGCUCUCCUGCGUGUCCGGGUCACAGUCUCCCAGGACAUGAUGGUGAAGAGCCUUUGGCUCUGGACCACGACCAGUGGUGGUCCAUGACUACGGCAUGCGGGUCUGUGGAAGCAGCGCUUGGCUGUGAGGGGAUCUCUUGAGAAGGACCCAGAAAACCUUUUGGUGUCUUCCUGGCCAAGCAAAUAGUUACAGUUGAUGGUUCACAGGUUUAUUGGGGACGGGGUACCAUGAUGGAUGGUUUAGUGGCUGUAUCUUUUCAAGAUGUAGCAACUAAUUAAUCCAGACCGUAUGUGUAAUAUGGUAACGACAGACUUUGAUUUUUCAGUAUGUAGACCGUUUAUUUUGUCUUUUCUUUUUAUAUUUUAUCAUGCAUUAGACAGUUCAACAAGUUGACAAGAUAAUCAGUUUUAGUUUAGGCCAGUUAGCGUCAAGAAAUCGCCCACGUGCUGUCAUUGUUUAAUAUAGUGUUGGACAUCAUUUCAUUAAGGGAGGCAGGGUCAAGCAGGAAAUGUGACAUAAAAACAUGAAGGAUAUCUUAUUUUCACUAUUUGAGAAUAUAUUUUAUUUUUAGUACUGAAGCAUAAUACAUAACUUUUUAUAAUAACUAUGUACAUUGUGUAGCCUAGCUCUUAACUGUAUCAUUCAUCAUGGAAUCAUAUGUAAAAGGAUCAUAUAUGUAUAAGAUGUAUAUGUAUAUAUGUGUUACACCAUGGCACAAGAUGGCUUGCCUGUAUUUCCUUCUCUAUUUUUCAUCUGAGAUACAUUCUGCAAUGUAAUUAUAAACAUAAAAACAGACCUGUAACUUUCAUUUAAACCUGAAAUUUUGCAGUAAUGAGCAAAGAUGUAGCCACCCAAACUAUAUUUAUUAAAUUUAAGCAGUAUCAUUUUACUAGAUCUAUCAUUCUGGGACAUUCCCUUUAAGCAAAGGGUAAUAAGAUCCAUUUUAAUGCAUCAUAUAUAAUGUGCAUAUAGUAUGGUCUGUGUACACUACUAUAUACAUUGUAUGCAACAUUGUUGUGGCAGCUUGCUGCUAGCAUGAAAGGACAGGGUGACAAGGAGUGCAGCUUCCCCUGGAGAAGUGUGAAGAGUACCAGCUGUCAAGACAGAUUACCCACGUGGCUCAAUGAUUGAAGAAACUGGACGGGCCUAAGAAAUCCUCAAUUGUCUGAUUUGUAUUUUUAAAAAUGAUUUGAUUACUUUUAACUUUUAAAGGGUGAUUGAAAAAGUCUGAUGUCCUGGGAACUUUUUUAAUGUAUGACUUAUAAUAAAAAGAAUGGUUUGCUUUAAACUUCUCAAAGCUAAUGAUCCUGUCAUUAAAGAAAAUCAUCUGAAGUGUUAUUAAAGCAGAAAAACACU